AUGGCUUCCAUGUCUUUCUCCACAACCUUCUUCACUCCUCUUCGUGAUUUCAACCAACCUAGAACCAAUUCAACCCCUUCAACUUCUUUCCCUUUUACCACAUCCUCUAUUGCUUCUUCCAAUUCACCGUUUUUUCAACUAGGGUUUUCUCAACAAGCAGCUUCCUCCAAUUUUCCCAUUGUUCCGUCUAAGACUCGGUCUUUCUCUGUCAACGCUAAAGCUAUUAAGGAUAAAACCAUUUAUGAUUUUACUGUUAAGGAUAUUGAUAAGAAGGAUGUUUCUCUUAGCAAAUUCAAGGGGAAGGUUCUCUUGAUUGUCAAUGUUGCUUCACGAUGUGGCUUGACAUCAUCAAAUUACACAGAACUCUCGCACUUGUAUGAAAAUUUUAAAGAUAGAGGUUUGGAGGUUCUAGCUUUCCCUUGCAAUCAAUUUGGCAUGCAGGAGCCUGGAUCAAAUGAAGAAAUUAAGCAAUUUGCUUGCACUAAGUUCAAAGCAGAAUUUCCAAUUUUUGAUAAGGUUGAUGUAAAUGGACCAUUUACUGCUCCAGUAUACCAGUUUCUGAAAUCAAGUUCCGGGGGCUUUUUCGGUGAUCUUGUCAAGUGGAAUUUCGAGAAAUUCUUGGUUGAUAAAAACGGUAAAGUUGUUGAAAGAUACCCACCAACAACAUCUCCUUUUCAAAUUGAGAAGGAUAUCCAGAAGUUACUUGCUGCAUAA